UCUUCUUAGAAGGUUCCGGUCAUCAUUUGAUCAACAUGAACAACAAUUUAGUAUUGAAAUGCGUAGCAUUAUUCGUUUCGUUGAUUCAUGUUACUAGUGCAUUUUACUCUCCUCCAGCAAUGGCCCCGGAAAAGGUUUCAGAUUAUCAACAAUUUGUUAAAAAUGUAACUGAAAACGGCCUUGCACUCCGAAUUCUCGAACACACUGUCACACCGUACGAUGUAAAUCCCGAUCAACUGAAGCUCAUAGGAAGAUAUGUGUUCCUGGCACCACAGGAAAAUAAUCUUUAUUUGGUGGGAUUCGAGGAGACAAUCGACAAAAGCGAUGCCGCCAAAACCAUUAUCAGUGAGUUGGUCCGUAAAAAUUCGGUGACAAGCAUUUAUAAAGCUCAACGUCCGAAGGCCGUGCAUGUAGAAAAAUUCAUCGCAUUUGGAUGAAAGUAAGUAGGACCUACGUCGAACUUUUCUGACACUUGAAAUA